CAUCUCAUGAUUAUAUACGUGAAGAUGCAAAAAUGAAUAACAAAAAAUAUAGAGAUGACAUGAAAAUAUUAAUGGAGAAAAAAGUUAAAAAGAAAGAUCUAUUUAAGGUUGGUGAUAUUGUUAAUCUUAAAAUUCCAAAAGCAGAUAAAGGAAAAUUAGGACGCAGUCAUUUACCUUGUAAGAUUUUACAAGUUAAAUCUAAUGGCUUUUACAAUUUGGGAUGUUUUGCGGGAACAUUAAAUGUAAACUAUAAGGGAAAUUGUUUGGAAUCAACUGAAUUAACUUCUAUGGCUGAAUUAACAAAUAUUCCAAACAAGGUAGUAACUGUUACAGAAGCAGUUAGAUUACAAAGUAAUAUAAAUUCAGUUAAAUGCAAAUGUCCUAAUACAAAUUGUAGUACUAUGAAAUGUGCAUGUAAGAAAUUAAAUUUGUCUUGUAAUAUUAGAUGUCAUCCUGGUAAAACAUGUCAUAAUCCUUCUUUAUAAUAAUUAAAAGAUAUUAUAAAUUGUUUAUUUUGGAAUUUUAAAAGUUUUCUAUUGCAA